UUAUAUCAAAAGUUUUCAUCUAAUCAUUUAUGUAUUAUCCAUAUACUCAAGGUUAUAUUUAUUUUAUGGGCAUAAUAAUUAUUGUGAACAGAUGUGGAUUCUGAUUUUUCUAAUGAGAAUAAUUUAGGUUAUGUAUAUUAUUAUGCUAUUUACAGUCUAUUAAGUACCAAGUUUAGAAAAUAAUGGACACUUCAUCCAAAGGUAAUAGUAACAAUUUGGAACAUGCUAUAGCAGGAGGUGUUAGUGGUUUUGUAACACGAUUUGCUUGUCAACCUUUCGAUGUUGUGAAAAUUAGAUUUCAGUUACAAGUUGAACCUAUUGCUAACCAUCAUGUUAGUAAAUAUCACUCUUUACUACAAGCAUUUUACUUAAUAUUUAAGGAAGAAGGUAUUUCAGCUUUUUGGAAAGGACAUGUACCUGCUCAAUUACUAUCAGUUAUAUAUGGGACUAGCCAGUUUUAUUCAUAUAAUGUGCUUAUACAUGAGUUUCAUAAUUUUUCAUUACUAAAUGAAUGGAAAUAUUCAACAAAGUUCGUAGCUGGUGCAGGUGCUGGUUUUAUAGCUACAACUAUAUCAUUUCCUUUCGAUACAUUAAGAACCAGAUUAGUAGCACAAUCAAAUAAUCAUGUAGUCUAUAAAGGAAUUUUCCAUUCUUGCAGUUGUAUAAUACGACAUGAAUCUCCAAAGGCUUUUUUUUAUGGAUUAUUACCAACUGUAUUGCAAAUUGUGCCACAUACAGGUUUGCAAUUUGCAUUUUAUGCAUUUUUCAGUGAUAUGUAUAAGAAAUACUACAAAGAAACUGAUACUAGUUUUUUCAAUUCUAUAAUAUCUGGUAGUACAGCUGGUCUAUUAGCUAAAACUGCAGUAUAUCCGUUUGAUCUUAGUAGGAAAAGGUUACAAAUACAAGGAUUCAAAAAUGGUAGGAAAGGUUUUGGUACCUUUUUUGAAUGUAAAGGACUUAUAGAUUGUUUAAAAUUAACUAUAAGAAAGGAAGGAAUAAAAGGACUAUUUAAAGGUUUAGUACCAUCUCAAUUGAAAGCUAGUAUGACAACAGCAUUGCAUUUUACAAUAUAUGAGCAAAGCUUAAUAGUGUUAAGAGUCUUGAGAUUAUAUAUUUCGGAAAAGUGAAGUUAUUAUAAUGCUAGUUUUAAUAUUAAAAGAGUACAAUACAUAAUAUUCUCUCCAUACUGUCAUAUGUACAAAAUAAUUUAUACAUAUAUGUACAUAUAUGUUAUAUAAUAUAUAUGUAUAAACAUAUAAUCAUAUUUGUAUAAAGAAUCAAGUCAUAAUGGUAAAUAACAAUCUAAGCUUAAAGCUGGUUUAGUCCCUUCUCACAAAUUUAUUUUUGCUUCAGUAAUUUAUUUGUGAUGUUUAACUUAAGUUAUAUUUAUAAUUGAAGUGGAGCAGGCAUUUCAGCUGGAGUUCCUUUCAAGACUGCCAUAAUAUUUUUAGCAGUAAUUAUUGACAUUUCUUCUCGCGUUUCUGUAGCAGCACUACCAAUAUGAGGUAAUACAACUGAAACAUAAGUAAAUCAUUAUUUUUAUUAUAUAUUUUACUACAAAUAGAUCUUAGUUAACUUACCACAGUUAUCUAACUUCAAAAGUUCAUUAUCUAAUGGAAUAGGUUCAGGAGUCGUAACAUCUAAACCGGCAGCUUUGAUUAUUCCACUUUUUAAAGCUUCUAUUAAAGCAGAUUGAUCAACAACCUCUCCUCUACUGACAUUUAUAAAUAUAGCAGAUCUUUUCAUUUUUUUGAAUGUAUUUUUGUUAAACAUUUGUCUUGUAUCUAGAGUUAAAGCUGUUGUUACAAUUACAAAAUCACUUUUUUCCAAUAA